CCUCUCUCGGGGUCCUUCCCUUUUCCAGCCUGCCUUUGGUGCUGUCCUUGGAGUCGCCUGACUCUCAUGAGAAGACAACAGGCCCUGAUAGUCCACUGCUUUUUUCCUUAGCCUCCAUGGACAAUAUUUCACAUCUUUGUAGGAAGAUUUUGCCAGCAACAGGUAUUAUCCGCUUCCCCAGGCACCAAAGCUGGAUUUCCGACACUGGCGUGUGUGCUUGACGCCUCGGGGCGGAGCCCGAGCUGUGGCUUGUGGAGGGCCUUGCGAGCGGCGCGUACUAUAAAAUGGGACGCGAAGGGCCCCAACGCAUGUUGUGGAGAGAGUGAGGACCUGGUGUGUCUUCAAGCUGAGGGACCACCCACUACCACCUCUUCUCGGUGGUUCCUCCAGGAGCUGAGGGCCCCACUGUCCCCGUCCUUGCUCCUGCGGCUGAUCCCCGCCGCUCCCCACAGGGGACAGCCACCGCCAUGGCCGAGCGCGCGCUGGCCCCCACGCAGACGGGGCGGGGAGACCGCUACUACACGUACACCGAGCUCCUGGCCAUCUCACGCCGCUUCAAGCAGAACCCCAAUGAGCUCAUGAUCACCUGGAUCCUGCGGGUGUAUGACCAGGGGGGCCUGGCCCUGGCCCUGAAUUCUGGAGAGCUGGCGCUGCUGGGGGACCUGACCAGCGAUGCCAUCUUCAACUACCACUGCAAGGCGCUGCGGGGCGGCUGCCGGACGCUGCUGGCCUGGCUGCUGCAGGCCUGGCGCCAGCGCUGGGAGUCCUUCCUGCACUUUGAGGCCACCGAGCUGCCCUUCCGCCCCUGGACCACCAUGGAGGAGGGCAUCCAGCUGGUGCGCGAGCUGGGCAUGCUCGACUGGAUCUACCGCGAGCCGCCCACACCCGAGCAGGGGCCCGCGCCCGAGGACGUGCCCUUCACGCAGGGCCUGCAGCGGCGCCUGCUGACGGCUGCGCCCUCCGAGCUGCGGCUCUCGCUGGUCAGCCUGCUGGUCAAGGGCAUGACGGUGCUGGAGGCGGUGAUGGAGAUCCAGACCAUCGCCGACGUGGGCCUGCUGUGGCGCCAGAGCCAGCCGGGCCGCACCAAGCUCAUGCUGGGGCCCAACCCAACGCGCAAGGACCUCACGGCCUGGCUGCUGAGCCACGGCGUGCCCAGGGAGAGGGUGGACAGGCAGCCCACCAAGGUCCUGCUGGAGCUCUACAUCAAGGAGGCCAAGCGCAGCCGUGGCCACCCUGCCUACAUGCUGGCGGACGAGCAGCCCCCGCCUCCCCCCUACUCCGACCAGGCCUGUGGGGAGGAGCCGCCGGCACCCGGACACCAUGACUAGGCCCCGCCCUGGGCGCCACAUUCCAGGGGAGACGCACCCCCGGGGUGGACCAUCUGUUCUCCAGACUCUUGGGGCUCUUGACUGAGGUGCCCUUGCCCCUAGCCACCCCACGAGUGUCCCCAGCCAGUAGUUCUUGGUGCCUCAUUACCCCUUCCCUGGGGCCACAUCCAGUUACAUUUUAGCCUGUUACACUUCAGGCCCAUCGGCAUAGUGGGCGGGCACCCCCGCUCUGCCGCAAGGGCCCCCAACGCACUACAGGCCAGUGGGGGCUCCCCGCAGCCCAUAACUUAAAAGCACCUUAACGUUUUUUCCCUUUUUCUUAAGCUAUUUUUAAAUGCAAUGUUUUUACCUAAUAAUUUAAGCAUAUACAACA